UUCUCCACGCCCUGCCCGGCCUCCCUCUCCGCGGCUCUGCGCCAGCGAGUCGCUCCCCCGGAGGCUCAGCCCCGCCGGGCUGCGCUCGCUCGCCCUUCUCCUCCCGGCUGGCUCCCUUCCCUUCCCUCCCCUUCCGCGCGCCGCCCUUGCAGCCGCCGAGCCGGAGAGCCCCUGGGCCGGCGGUAUGCCAUGGCACUCUCUAACAAUCACAUCUGUCCGGUCCACAACUGGAUUUAUAAUCUGUCCUGUGAGCUAGAUGGCCCUCUUUCCUGCUGCACACUUGAUCACAUUCCUCUUGUCAGCAAAUGUGGUACCUUACCACCAGAGAGCUGCUUCUUCAGUCUGAUCUGCAGCCUGGGUUCAUUCAUGGUGAUGCUGGUUGGCCUGCUGAGAUAUGCUCAUGUCAUUGAGCACUAUGGCUCUUCCCUUCUCAACACUUUGGGGCUGGGUGCAGGCUGGAUCUGUGCAGCUGGCCUCAUUAUGGUUGGCAACUUCCAGGUGGACCAUGCAAAAGUGCUACAUUACGUCGGGGCCGGGGUGGCAUUCCCAACCAGCAUGCUCUUCUUAUUCCUUCAGUCAAUUCUGACUUACCGCAUGGCAAAAUCAAGAAGUCAUUACUGGACUGGCCACCUACGCAGCAUCCUUGCAGCCCUGGCAUUCAUCACUCUUAUCUUUAGUGGUGUCUUUUUUGUCCAGCAGAGCUUCAUCCUUCAACACGUGGCUGCUCUUUGUGAAUGGAUGUUUAUAAUAAAUGUCCUGGUCUUCUACGGCACCUUCACGGCUGAAUUUGGAGCUAUCUCCACAGACACUUUCUUGGUUCUUCUGAAAGCCAGGCGGACUCCUAAAAGCUACAAAGUGGAGAGCAACUCACCGAGCAUGUCCCAUGUGCACAGCCAUUUGGAGAACCUGGCCAUGAUGUAGGGUGACUGCUGGGAGACUCCUUUCGUGGGUGCAUAAGGGCUUCUGCGGGAGGCAGGACAAGCUGGGACUUUCAACAAUGCCCCACCCCCUAGAAGAUGAAAGGGGAUUACCAUGAACAUGCCUUAGAGAGUGAUCAACGCCCAUAUUUAUUUGAGGUGUGUACAGCCCCGAUAGCAGCAUGGGCAUUCUGUACUUCACACACACUCACACCAUGUCCCUCCAGGGGCCCUUACUUCAGAAGAUUUUCUUCAACAUGUGGAGCUAGGGGUAGAAAAUAUAGUAUAUUGCCAUUUGAUGAGACAUGGUACUAGGGAGGUGGCAGGGUACAAGCUGUGAUUCCCGGCAUCUCCAGUUAAGCAUCUGGGAUAGUUAAAAAGCCUUACCACAGGAGUUGAUUUUGAGCCCCGCUGUAGCCAUGGGCUCAUUGCAUCUCCAGGAAAAAGGGCCCUGUAUUUUCUUCAGACUUUUGAGUGCUUGGCAUCAGGCGUUGGCUACAAAAGAGGGGUGGGUGGGGAAUGUCUUUUCCUCCCAGGGGGAGUCUCUUUUUACAGUGGCCUUAAUUUCUUUGGGACCAAAAGUACUUAAAUGUCUUAAUCCUUUGCCAGCCUAGUUUGUUUUCUCAAGUGUUGCAUCCUUUCCUCAGUGAAGGAGCUGAGAGCAAUAACUAUACUGUUUUUAAUUAUGUAUUGCUGCUUGAAAGUGCCCUGUCUUAAGUUGGUAUCAGGUCACUUGUCAAAGAAGCCUCAUUUAUCAUCCAAACACCUUCAUGUUUUCAGAUGCAGCACUUUAAUUCUGGGGCUCAUUAGUGGAAGAAUCCUCUGUGGUGCUGACUCUUGAUAGAAGGAGUCUUGGGAUGCCUGUAUUUCCUGUCUACCUGUUUCUUAACCUUGCCACCCAAGCUCUAUCCAAAGUUCUACCAACUAUUGGUGCUUCGAGUUCAGCAGACAUGAUCUUCCUAGUUUUAUUUGCAUUUGCUACCAUCUCAGACCCCACCCUCAAGCGCAAACACUUCUAAAACUGCAAGGAAUUAAAGACACUGUUCCUAGGAUAAAGGGAGAAAGGCUGAAGGCCUAAGACAUCAAAAUAGUGGUUUCCGAACAAUCAAGAAAGCAGAUCAGAUUCUGAACCCUGGUCUUAAUGGAACACUAUGAGGUUGCGCUUUACUCUGUAUUGAAGUGCCUUUAACAUUUUGUUCAGGAAUUCACUGUUUCUGUUUCUUUAAUCCUGAGGUGGCUAUUUCUGUGCCUUACAUGUUUAACUCAAGCAGGGUUUCUCAGGUCUGCUUCUUAUGUUACUUUUCCUUGCAUAUUUUCUAAAAAUACACCUGGUGUCUCAUGUUCAGAGAAGUAGGGGGUACUUAGCACAUGUCUGCAUGUGAGACAUUCUCCCUUGGAUAGUGGAGUCAGCCUUGGUACACAUGGAAAGUACAGAGAAAUAUCCAAAGAUGAAUGGUUUUUUAUUCUUUUAAGAAUGCUUACCUGUAUAGUAUUCAUUACUUCGUAGAAGCUGGUUUACAUACUGUGUCUUUCAGAUACAUCACUAAAGGCCAAGUUCAUGUGCUGUCGAACUGUGUGGCUGCUGCACAAACUGCCAUAUGUAACCUCAUCUCCUCCUUAACAUGCAUCAAAAGCAGCUAUAUGGGAGGGGUAAAGCCAGAGUUUGGGUAAUGAAAGAUUUUUAGUUGCUGAUUUUUUUUUAGUACAGUAGGAUCCCCAUAUCCAUGGG